GCUGUGCAGCAGGAAGGCGUGUCCUCACUGUCUUAGCUAAGUCCUUAAAGCAGCUCUGAAGUUGUAGCUUGUCAGUGAAAAGCAAAGCCAGAGCGAAAAGAAGAUUUCUGCCUCCAUCGACACAUUUCUUCUUCCACUGAUCUGAGAUGCCUGUGGAGACGCGAUCAAUAAGAGACAGAUCGGCGGUAGGACGAUUUCCAUCUGUCACGCUUGGAUUUGGGGACGACACAGAGGAUGAAAAUGAAAAAACAGAGGAGGACGAUGUUAAAAAAGAGAAUGCAUGUUGCCGGUGGCUGCGUAAAGUCUGCCCCUGCUGCUGUCCACAACCAAAUGACAGUGACCUGACUGAUACUGUGGUCACAGGGAUCGAUGAUCCGGAUAAGGACGAUGGGACAAACGACGAGAAGCCUGGGACUGGUGACAACGAGCUUGAUGAACUCCUUCUGAAAGUGCAAUCAAUAGACCUGAUGAAAAGCAAAUCAGGAGUGAACCGCAUGGAGCAUCACACAAAUCUCUACCAAAGUGACAACUUCAUUAUCCGUAGAGGCCAGAAUUUCCAGAUGUGGAUAACCCUGUCUCGACCUUUUGACCCCAGCACUGAUGAGCUUCAUCUUGAUCUUAAAACAGGGUCGCUGCCAGCUGUGUCAAAGGGAACCCAUGUUAUUGUCCCUUUGGUGCAGGAGCUGCAGGGCGAUCGCUGGGAGGCUGCUGUGGUGAAGCAGGACGACAAAAGGAUAAAGCUGUCGGUGAACUCUUUACCCACCGCGGUUAUUGGUCGAUAUCAACUCACAGUGGAAACAAAUGGUGCAAAUGGCCAGGUUGUUUCCACACACGAUCCUGCUAAUGACAUCUACAUGUUGUUCAACCCCUGGUGUGAAGAUGACUCCGUGUUCAUGGACUCUGAAGAGGAAAGACAGGAGUACGUCCUAAAUGAUAUCGGAAGAAUCUACUACGGUACCCAGGACCAGAUUGGAGUGAGAACAUGGAACUACGGACAGUUUGAUGAUGGGAUUCUUGCCGCCUGCCUCUUUGUCCUGGAAAAGAGCGGAACUCCAGCAUCUGGUUGGGGAGACCCAGUUAGUGUGGUGCGAAUCAUCUCAGCCAUGAUAAACUCCCCUGAUGACCGCGGUGUCCUGGAGGGAAACUGGUCAGGAGACUAUUCGCUUGGAACUGCCCCAACAAUGUGGAGUGGAAGUGUGGAAAUCCUGAAUGAAUACCAGAAAAAUAAUGGCACCCCAGUUAAAUAUGGCCAGUGCUGGGUCUUUGCUGGGGUCUUUACUUCGGUUUUACGAUGUUUAGGAAUCCCCGGUCGAACUGUGACCAACUUCAGCUCAGCUCACGACACAGACGUCUCCUUGACGACAGAUGUAUACCUGGAUGAAAACCUGGAGCCCAUCGAGCACCUCAACGCAGACUCUAUCUGGAACUUCCAUGUGUGGAGCGACUGCUGGAUGGCUCGUCCAGACUUGCCUCCUGGUAACGGAGGCUGGCAGGCUGUCGAUGCUACGCCUCAGGAAACCAGUCAGGGAAGCUUCCGCUGUGGUCCUGCUUCCCUCACCGCUGUCCGCAAUGGUCAGGUCUUCCUCAAGCACGACUGUCCUUUUGUGUUUGCUGAGGUGAACAGCGAUAAAAUCUACUGGCAGAGAAAUGUAGAUGGAACCUUCAGUCAGAUCUAUAGCGAGAAAAAGGUUGUGGGACACUUGAUCAGUACCAAGGCUGUCGGCUCUGACGAACGCAAUGAUAUUACGCACCUCUACAAACAUCCUGAAGGCUCAGCAGAGGAACGCAUUGCUGUGGAGACAGCAUGUAGCUAUGGCUCCAAAGCAGAGGCCUAUUCAUCUCCAACUGCAGAAGACAUCUCUGUGGAAGUGCUCAUGGAUGGUGAAGGCCCUCAAAUGGGAGGGGAUGCAGAACUGACCAUUGUGUUGCGAAACAGCAGCUCGGAAAAACGCAAUGUCACCCUGCACAGCCGGGUGUCAGUCAUGUACUACACCGGAGUCCAUAAAUCCAUGGUCAGAAAGGACGAGACAGAUGUGGAAGUGCUGCCGAAUGAGGAGAAGACCUUUGAGUGGAUCCUAGAGUACAAAGACUACAAGAACCAGCUGAUAGAUCAGGCUGCUCUGAUGCUGACACUGUUGGGUAGAGUCAAAGAAACACAGCAAGUUCUGGCCACUCAGUUCAGUUUCCGACUCAGGACCCCAAACCUUAUUAUAAAGCCAAUCGGUAAAGCCGUAGUAGGGGAGAAGAUGGCAGUAGAGAUUUCAUUUACUAACCCUCUACCCCAGGUGCUGAAGGCAGUGGUAUUCCACGUGGAAGGACUAGGCCUUCUACCUGCUCGAAAAAUUAGUUAUGGAGAUAUUGGCAGCCAUGCCUCCGUGUCUCUCACUGAACACUUCGUGCCCACCCUUCCUGGACUGAGGAAAUUAUUGGCUUCGUUGGACUGCAAGCAGCUCACACAAGUUCACGGUGUGAGCAACAUCAACGUGGAGGACAAAAGUAACGCCGCUUAGUAGCGACCUGCACUGAAUUUCGAUACUCAUUUCUUUUAUAUAGCCACUGAUUCUCUUAUUAUCUUUGUGUAGUCAUUUUAAAUUUAUUCAUAGUGAAAGCCAGUAUUUAAAUUUACAAAGAUGUGACACUACAUUGCUGCAGAUUAGUAACUACAAGGAGACAACUAAUCAGUAAACAUCUAAGAGCACUGUGGUGUUUGUGUGGUGUCACUUCAGAAAAGACAGAACCUUUUAGAUGAUAUGAAACCCAAUAUUAACUUGCAGCAAAUGGUACAGAGGAUCCUGCAGCAUGGUUCUACCACAUGCAGGUGAGUAGCAUGCAACUAUGAUUUCUGUACCUGAGUCCCACUGAUGUUGCAGAAGUUGGAAAGUGGCAGCAUGAAAAAAAAAAAGGAAAGUGGCAGCAUGAAUGAAAAAAAUGUGCCUUUUUAAAAGACAGAAAAAAUGUUUGCUUACAUAUAAAUACAUACAGUAUAUUUAUUUUGUUUAUUUUGCCAUGUGAUGACAAUAAAAAAGUGUUUUAUUUAAAUGUGCAAUCAAUGAUGCAAGUGAUCUUGUAUCAUUAAAAACACCAAUAAAUCAAAAUCUUGUGUCAAAA